CUCCACAAUAAGUGCCCUUAGAAGGAAAGCCUGUCAGACUGUAAAGUGGAGAGCAUUUUUUAACGCGUUGAGUGGCAGCAGAUCUUCAGUCAACCGAUCAAGACCACUUUUCUUCUCAAUGACAAGUCAAGAUGCAGCCAGCCUAGGAUCAUACUGUAUUUGGGGCUUAUUAGCCUAUUAACAUAAAGAUUCUCGGGAUCAUCUCCACAAGUCUUCCUAUCUGCUGGGAGGAGGGGAGGAGGUGCGCCGGGCCCGGGAAGAAGGCGCUGGAGGCGGGGAGGUGAGCAGCGCAGUCCGCGGCGGAUGAGACGGGCAUGGAGAUGCUGCGCCGCUCCUCUGUGUUCGCGGCCGAAGUGUUUGACCGUUCGCCCACCGACAAGGAGCUAGUGUCCCAGGCCAAAGCUCUAUGCAGGGACUAUAUCCACUCCAGGCUCAACCGUGCAGGGAUAGGCUGGUCUAAGCCUGAGCACGGACUGGCUGCAUCAGGUGGGACGCUGGGAGAGAUUUCGUCGGUGCUCCUGUGGCUGGGUGAUGAGUUGGAGUACCUUCGUCCCAACGUCUACCGCAAUGUAGCACGACAGCUCAACAUCACAGUGGCAUCGGAGAGCGUGGUGUCAGACGCCUUCCUGGCUGUGGCUGCAGACAUUUUCUCCACAGGUGUGACAUGGGGAAAGGUGGUUUCUUUGUACGCAGUGGCAGGGGCCCUGGCAGUCGACUGUGUGCGCCACGGUCACCCAGCUAUGGUUCAUACCAUCGUCGACUGCAUGGGGGAGUUUGUCCGCAAGAGUCUGACCUCCUGGUUAAAAAGGAGAGGAGGCUGGGUGGAUGUGACAAAAUGUGUGGUGAACACUGAUCCCAGCUUCCGCUCCCACUGGCUGGUGUCUUCCGCCUGUGCGUUCGGACACUACCUGAAGGCCAUCGUGUUGUAUCUCCUCAGGGAGAAAUGAAAGACAAAGUCGCACACUGGAUUCUGAGCAAACUGACCAGCACCAUUCCAAAAAAAAGCAUCUACCACUUUGGAUUAUGUUUACACUCAUUUGCACUGAGCCUUCUUCGAUGAACACCCACCCCUGCACAGAGAUCCCUUGCUUCCUCUGCUCCCCCUGCGAGAUUGUAUAUUUAUUGUUAAUGGUUAUAUUAUGGCACACGUUUGAUGUGGAUUUUUAAAAUCACCCACCAUAAAUGUUUUAGCUUAGAUAUAUUUUUCAGUUUUCCACAAACAGAAGAACUACUCAUUUUGCUGCGUGGUUGGCAGCGGUUUGGCUGCCCCCAGUGGUUGAAAAUAAUCAUUAUUUUGACAUGUAAAUUGAGGAUAUGUCUCGGAGUUCUGAGGCUAUUCAUGAGUACUUUUGCUUACAUCUCAAACUUUCACAUUUCAUGCUUGAUAAAUGCAGAGUACAAAAUAUUUUCUUCUUACUAAGGGACUGUACAAAAAUUAUUAGGGCAAGGGGGUAAGAAAAGGGGAGGGGUUUAUGUAUUUUUUUCUCUUUGCUGAAGGGAGGCUUGUCUCAAUUUUGGGGGGGGGAGGACUUUUCUUACUCCAGGUUUAUCAUUUAUUUCAGCCCUCCCUUGUGAAAAUAAUAGUUUUAAAGAAUGGACCGAAUACAAUUUAUGGCUUUCGUGCACACAAUGGGUUACAAUAGUGCACUUUGCCAUGUAAGACAACAAUCCUGUCUCUGUUUCGGGGCUUUAUUUUCCUCAUCACAAUCAAACUAGUCACUAACAGGACCAACAGUCGAUUGCAGAGAGCUGGUGCAUGUGGCAGCCAUUUAUUGGCUGUAAUAAAUGUUUAUUCAGCAACUGUUUAUUAAACUGUCUAGAAUAUUCACCAUUUUGUCAUAUUUGCUAUAAUUCUAGUAAUUGCUAAUUCCACUUAUUAGUGGUUAUUCAAAUAUUAUUAGCUUAUUAGUUUAUAAAUUCAGCUACACCAUCUUAAAUUCUGUUCUUUUAAUUAUUAAAGGUGAAACAAGUUCUACUAUCUCAACACUCUCACUUUAUUUUGAGAUCUUGGGGGAAGAGUGUUGCUGUUUUUUCCAAGUCAAGGAGAAGGUUAAAAGAAAAUGUUAAUUACGUUGCGGAGGGUCUUGCUUUUUAGAAGUUUAAAAACUAUAAUAUUCAUUCCCCUUUCCUAGCCCAAUACUUUUCACACAGUCCCUAAUGAGCCUUUUAGAUUUCCAACUUUUAAAAAGCAAGACCCUCCCCACCAUAAUUAACAUUAACAGUUUAACAACUGUAAGAUUCACCCCCCUCCCCACCCCAAUAAUUUUCAUAGAGUCCCCAAUGAGUCUGUUUGGUGAAUUAAGCCUGCAAGCACCACAAAUAUGAAUUUGAAACAGCACUAUACACUUAAUGCAACUUUAACUCUCUGUAUUCAUUGUUCACUGUGAGGCAGUGUAUUAUAUUGCUGUAAUGUAAUAGCAGAAAUGCAAGUUACAGUAUCUGUUCUCUGAGUUAGAGCACUUUGAUAACAUUUCAGUUUAUGAGUAGAAUUUAUUCUAUGAAUAAUUUCACUUUUAUAUGGCAUGUAGCACUAGGAGUCCUAGAAAAUAAGCAAAUGUAAAGAGUUGUCUGCAACAUAUGUUAAUAAGUCAUUAAUAAAUGGUUCUUACAAUAAUA